CGCUCUGCAGGGCCCCGCCCCCUUGCGGCUCCCCGCCGUCACGUGGCGGGGGCGGUUUGUCCGCCCGGCGACGCCGUAGCCGCUGCCCCGCCCCUUGCCCUCGGUCCAGGCGCGUGGUGGUGGCCUCUGAGCACGGCCGGCGAGAGGAAGCCUCGCGCCCCGGUUGUCCCGUCCCGCUCCCCAGCCCGCUCCGCUAUGUUGGGAGCCGCCCUGCUCCUUCGCCGCUGCACCGCUGCCGGCCUCCGUGGCCUGGCCCGGGGGGCCCGACAGCCGCCCGGCGCCGCCGCCGCUGUGUUGCCUGCUCGUUGCUACUCUCAUGGGACACAAGAGUCAGAUGAAGAAUUUGAUGCUCGCUGGGUGACAUACUUCAACAAACCAGAUAUUGAUGCCUGGGAGCUGAGGAAAGGCAUGAACACUCUGGUGGGCUACGAUCUGGUGCCAGAACCAAAAAUCAUCGAUGCUGCUUUGAGAGCAUGCAGACGGUUAAAUGACUUUGCUACUGCGGUCCGCAUCCUAGAAGUUGUAAAGGACAAGGCAGGCCCUCACAAGGAAAUCUAUCCUUAUGUUAUCCAGGAACUUAGACCAACUUUGAAUGAAUUGGGAAUCUCCACUCCAGAGGAACUGGGCCUAGACAAAGCAUAAACAUAAUUGAUGGGCUGCACGUGCAUUUUAUUAAUGCUCCCUGAUUGUACACAGUCGCCUGGAGGCACAAAUGUUAAAUAUUACCUUAUUUGAAAUAACUUCCUUCUUUAUUGAGUCCCAGUGUAUGUAAUGUGAAGUUGGACCUAAUAAAGGAGAAAUGGGUUUGAACUGA